AUGUCCAAGACCUUCACCACGGCCGAAGUGGCCAAGCACACCGCCAACGCCGGCGAUGGCUUGUACAUCAUUGUCGACGGGUCCGUUUACGAUGUGACCAACUUUGUCGACGAGCACCCGGGUGGAGCCAAGAUCUUGAAACGAGUCGCCGGCAAGGACGCCAGCAAGCAGUUCUGGAAGUACCACAACGAAUCUGUCCUCAAGAAAUACGCUCCUAAGUUGAAGAUCGGUGAGGUCGCCGAGAAGGCCAAGUUGUAA